CUCUCACUCAACAGUUCCCACGUCCGAAUCCACCGCUACAACUGUGCACUGCCAAUCCUGCCCUCCCCAGCACCCCUGCCCUACUCACUACAAGCCCAGUUUCUUCCUGACACCAUCAUAAGUCAAGGAGGCCUCACAGACAAAGUAGGGCCAAUAGGCUUUUGGUCAAGAAGAGAAUUUGGGUGAGAGCAGUGGUAAGAUUGGGAAACAGAGGAGGGUAGAGACCAGAGUCCGAGGGGCAGAAUAGUGGGCUGAUGGAAUACUGCUCUUGAGGAAUGAUAGGGGCUGGAGUAUUUCAAGUAUUAGACUGUUUCAGAACAGAACAGACCGAUAAGAAGCUUAUUAACUAUAAUAACAAAGUUGGUAAACAGCAGGAUCACAAAAGCGUGGAUUUUGCAAAACUUCAGAGAACCGGUGCUGCAUGACACCCUAAUAAAUUAUCUUCCCAAAAUUUCUUUUCAACUGAAGCUUAUUGAACCUAACACCAUGAGUCCUUGUGAAGGACAAAAGAGAUUACGCAGAGGAGGCAUUCGCAGGCCAAUGAAACGAGGAAUGACUAGACAGAAGGAGGAUGAAAGUUUUAGGGAUUUUUGUUUUCAGUUUUU